GAUUGGACUUUACUAAAUCGCAGAGAGAAACCGUUGUUUUGGAGCGCUGCGAACCUAAUGUUCACUUCGCUUCGUGUACUGGGGUUUUGGUUUUAUUCGACCAUAAAAUGCAGCGAGAUUCGACGAACACAAGUGGGGUGGUUUUUCAACAACUACAGGAUGUAAUUCGGAUACAGCAGCAAGUUAUUUUGAGUUUGAAUGAGAAAAACAAAGGUGUGGUGCCAUCUGACAAAUAUGAAAGGAUUGUUUCGGAACUAAAGGAAGAAAGACAUCAGCAUAAAAAGACAAGCGAGCGUCUGUCCCAGGAAUCGGAAAAACUAAGUUUUGCCAUUGGAGAAAUACAAAUUCUCACCCAAAAACUGGAAAGGGAGAAGGAGACAUUUGAAAAGGCGCUUCGCAGUGAGAAGACAAAAGCAGGGAAGGAGUUGGCUAAAAACAACAAGUUGAAUACAAAGUGUGCUCGUAUUAAGUCUAUUAUUCUAAAGCGUGAGGACAUUCUUAAUGAAAAAGAGAAUCAAAUCAACGAGCUGCACAGCAAGCUGGAGAAGCAGAAAAUUUCCCUGAGGGCCCGGCUGACGGACCUGGAGAUCCAGAGGCAGCAGGAGGAGUACAUGGCCCGGGUUCUGCAGAGGAGCUGAGCGGAGGGCACGCCCACCCGCAGCUCACCCCGCCAAACCGCUACGGACCGGCCACACCGUAGGCAAUGGGACCCGGCCGGAACCAAAACAGACACCGUCGCUAUAGCAACACUGCCCGCACUGGGGACAGAAGAACACAGAAGACAUUGCCCACUUAGGGACGGCAGUACUGCAGAUGUGACGCAAUUUGGACCACUGUGGGAUAUAUUUAGACAUACAGUGUAACAGUACUGAAGAAUCAGGGGACAGCAGAGGUUUAAGAAGUGUUAAUGAUUGCAUGCUGUGCAUUGUUGAUGUGCGUCCAUGCUGGGUUUUUUUUUUAAGAAUAAUAAAAUGAAGUGAAAAAAU